AUGUGCAAUGGGGAAGAUGAAAAUGGGCUGGCUUUAAUGAAGAGAACAGAGCAAGAAGCUUUGUAUUCUGCUAUUCAAGGUUUUGUGGGUAAAUGGUGGAAUGGUUCAGAUCUUUAUCCAGAUCCUUGUGGUUGGACUCCCAUACAGGGUGUUGGCUGUGACCUUUUUGAUGGCUUUUGGUAUGUCACAGACUUGAGUAUUGGACCUGUUCAUGACAAUUCCCUUAGUUGUGCCCAAAAUGUUGAAUUUAGGCCCCAGUUCUUUGAAUUAAGGCACCUGAAAUCACUCUCAAUCUUCAAUUGCUUCGCCUCACCCCAACAUUAUCCUGUUGCAAUUCCUACUGAAAAUUGGCAAGGUUUUGCUGGCAGUUUAGAGUCACUAGAGUUUCGGUCCAAUCCCCGCCUCGUUGGACAAAUUCCACACUCUUUUGGGUACCUCAGAAAUCUCCGGUCGUUAGUGCUAGUGGAAAAUGGCUUGACUGGUGAACUACCGGCAUUUUUUGGAAAUUUAAUCAACUUGAGGCGGUUAAAUCUUGCUGGAAAUUCAUUUUCGGGUAGAGUUCCGGAUAACUUUGGAGAGCUAAAUCAGCUUCUGAUUCUCGACAUGAGUAGGAAUUUAUUGUCUGGUCUCUUGCCUUCGACAGUUGGUGGGUUGACUUCUUUGUUGAAGCUUGACUUAAGCAACAAUCAAUUAGAAGGAAAAAUCCCACAAGAGAUUGGAAAAUUGAAGAAUCUAACACUCUUGGACCUAAGUAACAACAAAUUUUCAGGUGGGUUGACCACAUUAUUUCAAGAAAUGAGUUCCUUGGAAGAAUUAGUCCUAUCCAACAAUCCAACAGGUGGUGACAUAACGAACCUUUCGUGGCAUAAUCUGAUACGCCUAACCAUACUAGACCUAUCGAAUACAAGCUUGACAGGCGGGAUUCCGGACUCGAUUUCAGAGUUAAAGAGGCUGAGAUUUUUGGGUCUCAAUGAUAACAAGCUCACAGGGGAAAUCUCCACAAAGAUUGAAACGUUGCCUAAUAUUAGUGCAAUGCACAUCUAUGGAAACAAUCUAACAGGUGAACUUAAAUUCUCUGAAGGAUUCUAUGGGAAAUUGGGGAGGCGUUUUGGGGCAUGGGACAAUCCAAAUCUCUGCUUCCCCUCUGGUUUGAUAUCAAGAAUUAAUGCACCAUUUGGUGUAAAACAGUGUCAGCAAGAAGUAACACAAUAUGAGAAUGAAACUGGUCUUGAUACAAAUUCCAAGAUGGAUAAUAAUAGGAUUUGGAAUCCAGAAUCCAAUCCCAUAGUUUCUUUGGGAUUUUCAAUCUUUGGUAUUGAUAGAUUUAGGUGUCAAAAUGGUAUGGACGACCGUGACUCUAGUAUCUCGACAUGUCAAAAGCAUGGCACACGAUCAACCUUUGCCGCUUUGGGAAUGGCCCUUGAGGUUGCCUUUGGGCAUGGCCCAUUAUGA